AUGUCCCUUUUCUGGACUCGGUUGAUUGUUGCUGCCCUAUGGGCUACGAUCAUUCACGAGUCCAUGAAGGGCGAAGUGGGGCACGAGCUCGACUAUCACACUCAUAAUCCUCUCAGCCCUUGGUCAGCCAUCCUUUUACUUUACAGGAAAUACGUCAAGCAAUUAUCCUCGCGCAAUAGGAAGGCUAUAAGAAGGCAUGAUGACCGAACACCCUGGUGGCUAUGCAUUGUUCUCUUUUUGGUCACUGCGACGGUCGCUGCGAGUCUGGUGUUUGCCCUCGGUCGUGUGGUCGAUAUAAAUACCAUCCAACAAACCCAAACGAAAGAGUACUAUGAAGCCGCUGUCGCUGGUGAUAUCACAGCCGAGGGAAUUGCUCGGGCCACCACCGUAUUGAAUGAUACGCUUUUGCAAGUGAGAUAUACAUGGACGAUCACCCCCCUUUCAUCUGCACAGCACGUUCCGACAGACCGCUACUUUUAUCUCAACCGAACCGAAAAAGACGCGAAUGUGAUCAAAACAACGAUAGAAACUAUCCACUUUGCCGAGACAUUUACUUCGCAACUGGAUCCAGACCACCCCUUUGGGUUCGGGACCUUCCAGAACCAGAGUCAAACUGCCGGACUUACUUUGUCCGAAGCUGGAAAGUCGGCUGGGCUGGAUGCAGGCAAAGGGCCUACAACCAAGGCGGUCGGGCAGAUUGCCAGAUGGCCUAGGUGGGGGUCGAGGAUAGGGUGCCAGGUUAUCGAAGAUUUAGGGCGAUACUUAACACCCCAUUCGAGGCCGGCCAACAUGACAUAUCUCUUCGUCCCCUGGAAGGCGGUGGAUAGGAUAUUCGAGUACAUGGGCCUUGAUUCACCCGCCGCAGCCAAGUUUCGUCCGGUAAAUUUCACCGGUUUUAUGGAGGGAGAGGACAGACCCAAUGUUACAGCCCAGGAAAGCGAAGUUGCGUUGAUGUCAAAAUGGCGGGACAAUGGCGUAACGCAUUCGUUUUCUUGGUUCCCUGUUAAUCAAGGGGAAGACGGCAACGGAUGGGUCAGCAUCGAGAUAGUGAUGGUGCGAUUGAACGAGUCCUACACUGCGCCAAACAGCAGCUUCCAAGUCUAUGGCGAGCUCGGUAACCGAGAAAACCGAACUCGCAUCGGGUUUGAUGCUGCGAUUUGCGUAGAGGAAGUCCGGGGCUACGUCGUCGACGCGUACAACAGUAGCGCCGGUUCCCCCGUCUCGCUCGCACUCAAGUACCGUGGGACCCAGCUGAACACGUCUAUGCCCACCAUAGGACAAGAUACAUCCAAACACGAAGUGCCCAAGCGCAUCGAGGAGCCGUUGUCGAAACCUGGGGUGCAGCACGGAAUCUCGUCUGCGAACAAGUUUGCUGUGUACAAUGCCUCGCAUUACAACGCACGCAACAUCAUGCUCAAGGAUAACGGACGGGACUGGUGGUUCGCUCCCAAUCCGACGGUGAGUCUUGUCCGAUACUUUGGGCUUUUCUUCUUGAAUCUACAUCGCCAACUGAGUCUUGUUCGAACUUUUGGGCGGGUGGUGGCUUUUGGUGGAGGAAAUUCGCCAACCGAGUACACACAGCUAAAUGCGGAAAACAUCGCCCGGGUCAUGGCGAAUUCGGAUUCCCAGCAUCUGCUUCCGUACCUUGUUGGGUCUCAAUUAGUACUCGCGCACGUAUACCGAGAUAAAACGGUUGCACAUACGUUGAUCUAUACCACCUGGCUCGCGAUCAUAUUAGCCGUCGUGCUGGUGAACGGAAUAGUCGUCUCGGUCUUUGUUCCACGCUUGCCUCUGGGUCUAUCUCGUAGAGACAUUGGGGUCAAUUCCUGGUUGGCUGCGAUCGAAGGCAAGUUGACAACUUGCCACUGCCAUCACCAUACUUUCCAAACCACCUUUUGCUGA